AUGGAUCUCACCGGUUCCCUUCUGGCUCAUGCCUCGACACUACAGACUCGUGCUGAGAGUUCCAGCAGUGGGAGACCGGCAGUCUACAAAGCUAUCGGAAUCUCAUUAGCCGUUGCCUCGGGACUCUUCAUCGGCGUUUCGUUUGUAUUGAAGAAGACUGGUCUGCUCAAAGCCAAUGUCAAGUAUAAUGAGGAGGCCGGAGAAGGUUACGGGUACCUGAAGAACGUGUGGUGGUGGACGGGCAUGACGCUGAUGAUCGUCGGGGAAAUAUGCAACUUUGUCGCCUAUGCGUUUGUGGAUGCUAUCUUAGUGACUCCUUUGGGAGCACUGUCGGUUGUAAUCACCACUAUUCUGUCGGCUAUUUUUCUCAAAGAACGACUCAGUUUUGUCGGCAAGGUCGGUUGUUUCUGCUGUAUCCUUGGGUCUGUUAUCAUUGCCAUGAAUGCCCCUGAGCAAUCGUCAGUAAGUGAUAUCCAGACGAUGCAGCAUUAUGUGAUCGCGCCAGGGUUCUUGUCGUAUGCCGGUGUGAUUAUCGUUGGUUCGAUAUUUACUGCUGUCUGGGCUGGGCCUCGGUACGGUAAGAAGAGCAUGUUUGUGUACAUUAGCAUCUGCAGUAUGGUCGGAGGAUUGAGUGUCGUUGCUACUCAAGGUCUCGGGUCGGCCAUUCUUGCGCAGAUCAAUGGUGAGCCACAGUUCAACAAGUGGUUUCUCUACGUAUUGUUUGUCUUUGUCAUUGCUACCUUAUUGACUGAGAUCAUUUAUCUCAAUAAAGCACUAAACCUCUUCAACGCCGCCCUUGUCACCCCAACAUACUACGUCUUUUUCACAAGUGCCACGAUCGUCACGUCAGCGGUUUUGUUUCAGGGCUUCAAGGGAUCGGCGGUGCAGAUCACCACGGUCGUAUUGGGGUUCCUGCAGAUCUGCGCCGGUGUUGUCCUCCUUCAGCUGUCCAAGUCUGCCAAGGAUGUGCCUGAUGCAGCCGUCUUCAAGGGCGAUCUCGACCAAGUCCGAGAGGUAGCCACACAGGAAGAGCCCGAGUCGGAACCCAAAGCCGAUUCGAUCCGUGGUGCAGCAGCUAUCAUCCGACGCAUUUCGACCGCCCGACGGAAUACAGAAGCAGAGGAAGCCCGCAGGUACUUUAGGGAGAAGCAUGAGGACACUCUUAAGCCACCGUCAGAGAACGAAAUUAUUGAGUGGGAUGGCCUGCGGCGACGAAGGACCAUUCUGGGCGAGGGUCACACAAUGUCUCGGCCUCAUACUCCUGGCACGCCACAAUUGUCCAGAAAGGGUUCGCUUCCGCCGUGGGGCAUGUCCCGCUUCCCGGAGGAACAGGAGAAUGAUGCCAUGGAUCAAAGGCCAAGCACCAAGCAGAGUGGACAUUCUUUCUUAGAUGGAAUCCGAUCGCGAACCUCCAGUGUGCUCCAUCAGACUCCACAAUGGCGUCCGAUUCAUGAAGCCGAAAACCAGAGCGAUGAAAAGGAUAUUGAUAUUGGCUACCAUGGGCCGGGGAAAAUUCUCGCGAACCGGCAUCGCAGUGACACAUCUCGUUCUAUUACAUGGGCCGAUGAAGCGCAUCCGGGCCAGUCCACGAGUCGUAACAGCCAUCUAGCGCCGGACCCCCCACCGCAUGGAGCCCGACGUCAGUUCUCAUUCAACACUGUUUUCAAUCGGAUGAAAUCAGGCAGUGAGUCAUCUGUCAGGAAUGUAGCUACUCCGCCUCGGAGCAUCUUGAGACAUACGGAACAAAAGCAAGCCCCAGGCACCGAAGAGGAGCGGCUGGGGCUAGUUAAGGGUGAUUCGCGGAAUACCGAAGAUGAAUUCAUGAAUGAGAAGCUGGACCGAAGCUUGUCGUCAUCAAGUGAGUCCAGCGCGGGUGAUUACCGGGAGUUGGUACAACCCCAGCAGCCACAUGGCCGCCCACGCCAGUCGUCCAUUUCGACCAUGUCUACGGCAGCGUUUCCUCCGUAUGAAGACCACCAUGCCUAUUACACGCAGGCCGACUACUACUCCAAUUAUCCUGCAUCUCAGUCGAGAGGCAACGUGAAUGAUGGCUGGCAGGUACCUAUCCCAGGUGGACGCGCCCAAUCGUCUUCUGUACCAUCGCAGCGACGACCAAACCCACUUCCUCCGCUGCCAGAUGAGGCCCCUCUCGUCACGAGCGGGGAACCAUACAUGCGUGUGGAGCUUCGAUCCCCGGGCCACAGCCCGAACAACUCGCAGGGGAGCGUAUCGUCCUUGCAGACGACACAGCGAAGCCGACGGGCAAGCGGAUGGCGCCGACCUGACUCGCUCGGUGGUGAUGACGGACGGGGAGGAUCGAAUGGACAAUUCAUACCAUGA